AUCCUCCCCCAAAUUUCUCUGUACUUUUCUCUCUCCCUCAAAAUUCAAUCCAAAGAAAAGAAGGGAACGGACAACAGCUACGAAGAAAAUAAAAUUUAGUAUAACACAUAUAUAUACUUUCAUGCCAUCCAGCUUACACAUUGGGGUUAUAAUUUGCAUUAGUUGGGCUACUUUUAUUUAUCGUGGGUGCAUUUGGAGGCGGCUGCCAUGGUAAUGGGCGCGCACGUGGCCCCACUUGUGCGCGCUCCAACCCUCCAAGAUACCAGGACGAGCACGAAUGGAAGUUUAUCAAGAAGAGGAAGAAAAUUUACAAGAAGAAGAUAUACAUUAUCAAGUUAUGGUAUUCUUAAUGCAGAACCAUUAAAAUUGUUGUUUUUGGUAUUGUUUUUGUGGUCAGGUGUGGUCCUAGGAGGACCCGACAUGAACACAGCAUCCCUUAUAAGGUUUAAGAGCUCGUUAGCCAAUGCCGAUGAAGCACUAUCAGAUUGGUUGCCUGAUACAGCUCCAUGUCCUGGAAAUCAGGAGCCCUCUUGGUUCGGUGUUAUUUGCUCCCAAGAAGGGGUGGUGUGGGGAAUUCAGCUUGAAAAGCUGAACCUGAGUGGUGAAAUCGAUGUUGAUGCUCUCACUGCUUUACCCCUGCUAAGGACCUUAAGCUUUAUGAACAAUCAAUUUGAUGGUCCCCUACCUGCAUUCAAGAAGAUCGGGCCAUUGAAAACCCUCUACUUGUCAAACAACAAUUUUGCAGGCCCUAUUGCAGAUGAUGCAUUCGAGGGCAUGGAUUCCUUAAAAAAACUCCACCUGGCCAACAACCAAUUCACUGGAAAUAUUCCAACCUCAAUUUCCUCCCCUAGGCUGUUAGAAGCUAAGUUUGAAAAUAAUCAGUUUGAAGGGCGUAUACCAGAAUUCCCACCAGGUCUCAAAGUCUUGGAUCUUUCUAACAACAAAUUAGAGGGUCCUAUACCAAAGAGUAUCAAUAGUAUGGAUCCUGCCGCAUUUAAAGGCAACAAGAAACUCUGCGGGCCACCUCUGGAUACUCCCUGUCCCACUGAUGCUCCAGCUCCCUCUCCUGACAAGUCACCUAUCGCAGAUGGAAAUCCUGGAAAUUCAUCUACAUCUGCUGGACGAAUAAUCAUAAUUGUAAUAAUCUGUUUGCUAGCAUUAGCUGCAGUAAUCGUACUUUACAUAAUAUACCACCGCAGAAACAAUCUUCAUUCAACACAACUAGGAAGGACAAUGUCAAAUUCAGGUGAGAGUGCGCCAGCUAUGGAGAUAGCUCCUCCUGCUGCUGCUCGAGUCAAGAAGGCUGAUCAACAACAGCAGCAUGGGAAGUUAGCAUUCAUUAAGGAAGACAGGCAAAGAUUUGAGUUGCAAGACUUGCUCAGAGCUUCUGCAGAGGUGCUGGGGAGUGGAAGUUUUGGCUCUUCAUAUAAAGCAGUGUUAAUGGACGGCCAAGCUGUAGUUGUCAAGAGAUUUAAACAAAUGAGUAACGUUGGCAGAGAAGAGUUUCACGAGCAUAUGAGGAGGCUCGGUAGGCUGAACCACCCCAACCUACUUCCCCUAGUUGCUUAUUACUACAGAAAAGAAGAAAAGCUCUUGGUUUUCGACUUUGUAUACAAUGGCAGCCUGGCUGGCCACCUACAUAAAAAACACACCAAAGAAAGUCCAGGACUCAACUGGCCCAUCCGCUUAAACAUCAUCAAAGGAGUGGCCAAGGGAAUGAGUCAUCUCUACGAAGAGCUCCCCAGUCUAAUCGUACCCCAUGGUCACUUAAAGUCUACAAAUGUGCUUCUUGAUAAAUCCUUCCAGCCCCUCUUAAUGGACUAUACCCUCCUCCCCGUGGUGAACGCGUCACAAGCCCACCAGCUGCUGACAGCUUACAGGUCCCCUGAGUACGCCCAACAAGGACACAACACGAAAAAGUCUGACGUUUGGUGUCUAGGGGUGCUGAUACUGGAGAUUUUAACAGGUCAGUUUCCUGCAAACUAUAUACUUUCCAAGGGGGACUUCACAAAUUGGAUCAAUACAAUUACCUCUGCUCUUCCGGUCUUAGAAGUCAGAAGUGUAAUGAGUAGCGGUGUCCAAGUGUUCGACCAAGACAUGGGAUCUACUGACAAUGCUAAAGGCGAAAUGGUGAAGCUUCUUAAGAUUGGUUUGAGUUGUUGCGAGAGUGAGGUGGACAAAAGGCCGGAUAUGAAUGAGGCUGUCAGCCAAAUUUUGUCGGUAAAAGAGAGAGAUUUAUGAUGAUCCUUUGGAAAUAAGAGCUGAUAACAUGUUCCUAAUCCUUCUAAACAAGGAAGCCAUGCAUUUAUAUCAUUCCUGUCCAGGUUGCAUUCGCGUCGUCUCAAGAGAAGAAAAAUGAUGUAAAAUUGAAGCUUAUUUGUGAUCCUUGCUUGCAUACAUACUUAGUUUGUAGUGUUACUGAAAUUAAUCAACUACUUAAUUCAUCGCAGUUUGUUGUC